GGUAGGAUGUUUGUGUCACGCUGUGUUAAAACUGCCAUGAUGCCAUCGUCAUCAAUAUUGAGUUUUGAUUUUCACAAUACUCGUGAUAACUCAAAGGUUAACCUGGAACUCAGUUAAAAAGUCAUACUCCUUAGGAAUUAUUACAGUAUGUCUGCAUUCAACUUUAGGCUCCUGCUGUAUAGAUAUGUUUUCUUAUUCUGUUUUCAUUGCAUUUCUGCCGAUUUGUAUUCGAUUAACGAUGAUGUUUUAUCAUUAAAUUCUGAUACUUUUGACAAGGCUGUUCUGAACAAAGACAACGCGUGGGUAAUAGAAUUCUACAACAGCUGGUGCGGUGCGUGUAUUAGGUUUGCGCCAACGUGGAAGGAAUUUGCGAAAGAUAUCAAAGGUUGGAAAAAUGUUGUGAGUGCAGGUGCUGUUAACUGUGCAGACGAGGAGAACUUGAAGUUAUGUCGUGACUAUGAUGUUAACAAAUUUCCUUCAAUUAGACAUUUUUGGGCCAAUGUAGAUAAAAACAACAUUGGGAAGGAUGCAAAUCACAAAGAAAAUGUAGAAGCACUUAGACAUCAGCUCAUUGAUUUUCUUACUUUGAGUUCAGAUUUACCUACCCCAAAAGAUUGGCCCUCACUUGUUCCACUCGGUGCAAAAACAAUAGAUGAUGUAUGGAAAACUGUUCCUCAACAAAUCUCCCAGGUUUUCCUGCUUAUCGAAUCACCUUCUUCGUAUAUUGGAAAAGAAGUUAUUUUAGAUAUGUCAGCAGAAAAGAAUAUUCAAAUCCUAUGCAUAGAUUUAAAUAACAAAGUAUUACUGGCUCAGCUUUUGAGGAAGGAAAAAAUUCCCUCCUCCUCCUUUCUCCUUCUGCUGACUCGGAAGGGUGGCUCAAAAGUAAUUGCCAUUGCAAAAGAAGAAAGAUAUGCUAGAGAACAGUUUGUGAAGGUUUUGAAAGAGAUUGUAAACAAUGGAAAGAUUGUUGGAGGUUAUAUGGAUAAACCAGUGGACCUUGUGAAGACAGGAAAUAAUUCUGACAAAGUAUACAUGGUAGACUUGGAAAAUGUGCUUAGCUAUUCCUUAAGGCAAGAAGUGGGAGUUUAUAAAACCCUUAAAGGGAAAGAAUUAAAAGCAUUACAACAGUACCUGGCUGCUCUAAGUAAAUUUUUUCCAGGAAAGCCCCAUGUGGUUGGAUUUUUGAAAGAACUGUACCGAUGGAUUUCAAAAGAAACCAACAGUCUAUUGGUUGAAGAUAUGCUAAAAUACAUGGAUGAUAUUCAGACAGAGGAAAUCUACAUCCCACAGAUGAAAGAAUGGCAAGGUUGCAGUGGAACUCAGCCUCGUUUUCGAGGCUACCCCUGUGGUCUUUGGAUGCUUUUUCAUGUCUUAACUGUACAAGCAUUAGAAAAACACUAUCAGGGUAAAAACCCAGACCCGUACUGGAUUUUAUAUGCUAUUAAUGGGUACAUCCAGAACUUCUUUACAUGCCGAGAAUGUUCAAAAAACUUUAAUCGAAUGGCCGCUUCUUUAAAGCAGGAACUUAAAAACCCAAAUGACACUGUUUUAUGGCUGUGGAAUGCUCACAAUCGAGCAAAUAAACGACUGGAAGGGGAUUUAACAGAAGAUCCUAAUCACCCAAAGAUCCAAUUUCCAUCAAAAAAGAUGUGUUCUGAAUGUCAUCUAGAAUCGGAUGAAAAUAGUGUUAGCUGGAACUUAAAAGCCGUUUUAAAAUUUUUUACAGCUUUCUACAGUGCCAAAAAUAUUGUUUUUGGCUCACCUAAUGAAGAGCACAAGCUAUUAAAAAAACAGAAAAAUAUAGAUAAUAGUAAUCUGUUAGAGCAAGAAGGUAAAAAAGGUAUGAAUAAAAAUCAUUUAGAUUAUGGAAUACUUGGAAGUUGGAACUUUGGAUAUUUUAGUGGCACUGAUAUCAGUUUAUGUGUAGUUUUAUACAUGACAUCAAUAAUCCUCUUGGCAAUACUUUAUUUCAUUUUUCUUAUUCGUCGCAGGAAACGAAAACUACAGUUAUUUAAAAAUAGCAAAGUUUAAACUCGUAUUUUUUAACGUAAUUGUUAGUAAUCUGAAGAAAGUCAACAUGUUUAUAUUGUAUAGCAUGAACAUUGAAGUUUGUAAGUUUUGGAUAUCAUUUACAAUCAAAAGAAAGUUUUAAAUUGUACUAGUAAAAAUCAAAUAAUGGUUUUUAUGUGACACACACAUUUACAAAAAAAUUAUUAGGACAAAAUAACCAAAGUUUCACAACCUCGUACUUGCUCUAAAUACAGUUAUAUUUGAUUUAUGUGAUAUUAAAAAUGUAUUCAUUGAACGUAAUAUUUUGAUGAAAGAUACAUUUAUAUAUUUGAUUCUCUUUCUUUGGUUUAUUUGCCUAAAGACAAGCAUAAAAUAUCCUCACCUUAUAGAUGGUGUUAUUUAUUAUGUAAGAGUGGUGAAUAUUUGAUGUAGCAUUUUAAAAUCUACCUUUUUUUUAAAAAAAAAGUAUACAAAAUUCAGUAUUUCAAUAUAUUGUCUGUGAACCAAAAGUUGUAGUCCAGGUUUUAUAGUAAUUGUAAAUGUAAAUAUCUAAUUGUAUGUAGAAUAUAGUUCUGUAAACUAAAGUAUAUUUGUAGAUUAGAGAUAAUUUGUGAUCAUAAAUGGUUUGUAAAAUUUGACAGAUUUUCCUCAGAAAGUGACAAGUUUAAAGUAUUUCUAUAAAUCAUCACUGGUAAUUUGAUAACUUUGCUUACUCCAAAAUAAAGUAUUAUGAUGUGAGGAAUGUUUUGAAUGUGUUUUAAGGUGUAUGAAAUGAAAGCUUGUUGUAGUUGAGCUGAUGUUCCUAGUAAGUGAAAUCGUAACUUGUGUGUGUAUUAUAUUUUUACCAUUUGUAAAUCAGAUGUUUUAACAGUAAUUGCUUCUGUUUUUAUCUUUUACUUCAGCCAAUAUAUGUACAUGCUUUUACUUAAUUAAAUGCUAAUUAGUUGUCAACACUUAAGUUUUAAAAAGUAAUACUCUGUAAAUGGUUCAUUUACCUUUUUUUACACUCCCAGUCUGAGGAACUCGGUGAGAAGCUGGUUGAAGUUAAAACAUUAAUAAAACUUAGUGUAAAGUAAAAAAUAAAUGUGGAUGUAAUUAAAAAAAACUGUUAUGACUGACUAACUAUGAGUGUAAUCAGUUUACCGUAAAGAUGACAAGAGUAAGAGACUGUUGAUAACUAAUAAAAAGAAUUGUGUUCACAUUACCAUCUCGCAUGUUUUAAGUAUUGUAAAAUCAUGUUUAUAGAUCUUUUUAAUCAUGAUGAAAAUGAUGUACUUCAGAUUCUUCAAAGCUUAAAGAAAAAACGAGUUUACAGCUGACUGCCUCAUAACUUAAAACUGAAGGUUUACUCAAUAAUUGCUUCUACUUUUAAUCUUUGGCUCCAAUCAAACUUUUAAAGUCAGCUGUUUUAUUAAUAAAAUACCUUGAUCUAAGCCAAAGUAGUGAAGUCUUUUUAUCAGUAAAUGCAUUAUUAUAUUUUUUAUUUUUAACCAGACUUUCAAAUUCAAGUGUUUUAUCAAUAAAGUCUUUUUUUUCACUCUGUUAUCUAAAAGUCAUAACGGAGAUUGCCUGUGGUAAUAGUGCCCAAAAGCAUUAGGGAUAUCCCAUCUAUCAGACAAAAUCCAAAAAAGCAGAUGAGAAACCAGUCGGUAGUCAUGGAAAAUUCAAUAAGGGUACAGAGUUGAGUGCUUAAUACCCACAACAUCAACUCUUACUGCCUUUCACUGUCUGUAACCAGUUGUGGGAAGGCAGUUACCCUUAAAAAGAUGUAAUAAAGUUAAAAGUAGAAAUGAGA